AUGGAGGGUCAAGUCAAGGAGGAUUUCAAUUCCAAAGCUGUCAAUGUAUAUGGUCAGUGGAUACAUGAUAUUAGAUCUGAACGGGGGAGAAAGCCGGAGGAGCAAAUUGAUGUGACAAUACUGGCCGAGUGGCGAAGAAUUUGGUCAUCUGAUGCUGUAAAACAAAAAUCCGAUACAACAAAAAAGAAUAGGCUUCGUGGGAAUAUGACUGGUCGUGCUGAGUCGACGCACACUGGUGGCUCGCGAUCUUUUACGGAGUCAGCGUGGAAGCUGGGAAUGAAUAAGGUUGGAACCUAUAAAUGGGCUCAUUCUAAAGAACACAAUUGCGUCACAUUCAUUAAUGCAAAAGCAACUAAAGUAGCUGAUGAGGUGGACGCUGUUGAAGCACACCUAACUCAACAAGGAAAUACGUCAUAUGAUCCGGAUAAUGUGUUCCUCACCGUAGUACCCCGUGACAAGAAAAAUCGCAUUUAUGGGUUGGGUUCAUUAGGUGCGACUGUUCCUCCUCGACCAUCAUCCUUCUGCAGCGAUGGUCGUACUCCGGGCACAUUUAUUCUUGAGGAACGAUUGACAAAGAUGGAGUGUGAGUUGGGUGAGUUGAGGACAGAUCUUGCCGUGGGACGUAGUCAAUGGGAAGUGAUGCAACAACGUGCCACAAAUAUGGAGAACCAACAACGAGCCAUAUACGAUUUGAACUUGACCAUUAUGGAGCAAUUAUGA